AUGGCGCCUAAUUUUGACUUGGUUGUGAUUAAUGCGACAAUUGUGACUGCCAGUGACAUCAGUAAAUGUUGUAUCGGGAUCAAAGAUGGAAAAAUCCAAUCUCUUGCGAAUUCAUUCACAGAUGAUGAGUUGACAGGAGCUGAGAUCAUAGAUGCUGAAGGUGCCUAUGUAAUGCCUGGGGGUGUCGAUGCACACGUCCAUUUAUGUCAAGAUCUGAAAACUGGACCACACGGCCUCGGCGGCGAAUGCUCAGAUAACUUUGAGACCGGGUCAAGAAGCGCUGUUGCCGGUGGAACCACUACGAUCAUCACCUUUGCAACUCAAACCAGAGCGGAAGAAGACCGGAGCCUCUUGAAGGUCGCUGAAAGGUAUAAUGCCCGUGCUGAGGAGACGGGCAGUUAUGUGGAUUACGGAUUCCAUAUCAUUAUUGUUCGCAAUGAUGCAGAUAUUCUUGAGAAUGAGCUACCGGUUUUGAUCAAAGACUGGGGGAUCAGUAGCUGCAAGUUGUUCUUAACGUAUGCGACGCAGCGUCUGACUGACUCACAAAUGUUGGAUGUUAUGUUUGCGGCAAGGAAGAACUCUAUCACUACAAUGAUUCAUGCCGAGAAUGGGGAUAUGAUAGAGUGGUUAACAGAGAAAUUGGAAAGUAAGGGAAUGGUUGCACCUUACUAUCACGCCUUGUCGCGUCCUCCGAUUGUUGAGGGAGAAGCCACCAAUAGAGCGAUUGCUCUAGCACAGCUCAUCCAGAAUCCGAUUUUGUUUGUUCAUGUUGGCUCGGUGCUUGGUGCUGCAAAUGUGCGUCGUGCCCAGACGAUGGGACUGCCAGUCUAUGCAGAGACAUGUCCUCAAUACUUCCAUCUCACCUGGGAUGAUUUGAAACGGUUCCAUUCACCAACAUGUUUCGAAAACAGCAAGAUGAUUUGCUCGCCACCUCCGCCUCCCACCAAAGCUGACCAUGAAGAGCUCUUUGUCGGUCUAUCAAAUGGGACAUUCACGAUUUACUCUUCUGAUCAUUGCCCUUUCCGCUACGAUCACCCUCAUGGAAAACCAUCCGGUGUGUUAGAGCACGAAGCAAGUAUGGCGGGGGAGAAACCAUGCAGUGGAGAAGAGCUACAAGAUUUAUUGGAACGGAAAGAGGGAGCAUUCCGCUUUAUUCCCAAUGGUAUCCCGGGCGUUGAAACGCGCCUGCCGUUACUCUAUACGGGAGCAUUGGCUAGUGGUCGCAUUACGCCCCAGCGAUUUGUUGAGUUGACAUCGACAAACCCAGCCAAACUGUACGGCCUAUAUCCUAAGAAGGGAGCAUUGAUGCCCGGAUCAGAUGCCGACUUUGUGAUAUGGCACCCAGAGAAGACUUUCUCGCCAUUCAAUCUUACUAAUUCUAUGCUACACCACAACGUCGACUACACCCCAUAUGAAGGGAUGAGGUUCACAAACUGGCCUCGAUAUACAAUUCUUCGUGGUAAGGUCAUGUGGGCAAAUGGCAAGAUAACCGGCAAAGUGCGAGAUGGAGAAGCCGAUCGCGAUGCUCGCAGUGUAGCCGAUUGGCUCUAUGAAUAA